GAAUAAGAGCUUGGUGUUCCUCCGUGGGUGCUCGGCUUACAUUUUCACAUCCUGGAAUUCUUCUCCAUGAAAUCGUCUCCCUCUUUUCCCACAUUCUUACUGCCAUUUUCACUUGGAAUGGGACGUCCUAAAAAAAACACCCGAGUAAGACGUCUUGUGUUUGUUAGUGAUCAUUGCCUUACAGCAAUGAAAAUUGUGCUGUGUUGUUUACUAACCGCUGGACUCGUCACUGGAUAUCGCAGUCCAUUGAAUGAUUUCCAGCGCUCAGAGGGCAGAGAACUGGUUCCUACUUCCUGGAACUCAGGACGGGUUCUGCUGUUGUUGGUUCUAAACUUGGACGAGUGUGCUGCUCGCUGCUCGCUCUCACUGGACUGCAGAGCAUUCAACUACGAGACGCGGCCCACGCCCACCUGCAAACAUCUGCCUUGGGUGGGCGACGGCAGCAACGCUGAGGUAAAGCGUAACGUGAACUGUGACCUUUACGAAAAGAAGGUCUAUGUGAGGAAGUGCAUUGUGGGUAAAGGCGAGGACUACAGAGGGAAGGUGUUCACCACAAGGAGCGGUCUCACCUGCCAGCAGUGGUGGUCCAAGUUUCCACACGAUCACAGGUGGACUCCCUCUCCGACCAACGGCCUGGAGUUGAACUACUGCAGGAAUCCAGACGGUGACAGAAUCGGGCCGUGGUGCUACACCACUGACCCCGAGCGUCGUUACGAGAGCUGCAGCAUCCCUCAGUGCAAAGAUGAAGUCUGCAUCACAUGUAACGGCGAAGACUACAGAGGGCAGGUGGAUCACACUGUAAGCGGCAGAGAGUGCCAGCGCUGGGACCAGCAGUAUCCUCACCAACACAUCUACCAGCCUGAAAAGUAUCCGGAUAAGAGUUUAGACGACAAUUACUGUCGUAACCCCGACGCCUCUCCUGUGCCGUGGUGUUACACCACUGACUCAGAAAUGGAGCGAGAGAACUGUGAGAUCAGCAAAUGUACCGAGGUGCGUGUUGAGAAACGUCAACGCUCCAGCUUCACCACAAACUGCUUCCGCGGCCGAGGGGAGGAUUACCGUGGAAGGGUCAACGAAACCACGUCAGGCAUCCCCUGUCAGCGGUGGGACACGCAGUAUCCUCACGAGCAUCCUUUCUACCCAAGUACAUACGAAUGCAAAGGUCUGGAGGAGAACUACUGUCGCAACCCAGAUGGCUCGGAGGCUCCCUGGUGCUUUACAUCUGUGCCGGAGAUGAGGACUGCACUCUGCUUACAAAUCAAACGCUGUGCAGACGACAUCGAAGCAGAAGAUUGCUACCAAGAAAAUGGAAAGAACUACCGAGGCAUGGUGCGCAAAACUCGCAAAGGCAUCACCUGCCAAAAAUGGAAUGUGAACACGCCUCACAGUACCAAAAUAAACCCCAGAACACACCCAGAGGCCAACCUGACAGAGAACUACUGUCGGAACCCUGAUGGGGACCAACACGGACCCUGGUGCUACACCACCGACCCCAAAACGGAGUUCGACUACUGUGCCAUCAAGCAGUGCGCCGGAGAGAAAGUAUCUCUGACUGAACCAGUGGAAAAGGUUGAGUUCAGUGAGUGUGGGAAAAGAGAGGACCGCUUCCAGAGGAGGCUACGCAUCGUCAACGGAAUACCGGGGAACUCGCCAUGGACGGUUAGCCUCAGGGACAGGAAAGGAAACCAUUUUUGUGGCGGGGCCUUGGUUGACGCCAGAUGGGUGAUCAGCACCAAGCAGUGUUUCUCCUCCUGCUACGUGGACCUACCGGGAUACUCAGCCAUGAUGGGAACUCUUUUCCGUGACCCUGUGGAGGGCGAGCCUGGCGUGCAGACCAUCCCGCUCACCAAGAUCGUGUGCGGACCAUCCGAGUCUCAGCUGGUCAUGCUGCAACUGGAAUACGCCGCCCAGUUUAAUGAGCGUGUCUCUCAGAUUUGCCUACCCCCUGAACGCUACAUCGUGGCUGAAAGGACCAUUUGUGAGAUAGCUGGUUGGGGCGAGACCAGAGGCACGGGAGACGAGAGUGUCCUCAAUGUGGCUCACAUACCAGUUCUCAGCAACAAGGACUGCAACAAGUACUUCAGAGGGCGCGUCCGAGAGAACGAAAUGUGUACUAGUUCUUUCCAGGGCGGUGUUGGCGCCUGUGAGAGGGACUACGGCGGCCCGUUGGCGUGCCAGAACCGGGACUGCUGGGUUCUGGAGGGUGUCAUCAUCCCAAUGAGGCGCUGCGGUCACCUAGGUCAACCCAACAUUUUCAUCCGCGUGUCCGUCUACGUGGACUGGAUCAAGAAGGUCAUGGGCUUUGCUUAGGGCGUGCUCGCCUUUUCCGUCGACGCUCGCGUACUUAAAACAUUGAAGGACGGACGACAUUUUGAUACAUUUUGUACAUUAAAGAUGCUAUAAAUUAA